UUGAGAAAACGUCGAGACAGUGUACAUCGAGUACGUAAUUUGGGAAUGUGUGUACGUGUAUGAGUACAAAAAUACACAAACGUGUGGAGUCACGCACACGACGUAGCAAGUCCACAAUGGGAUAUGGUAUCCGAUAGAAGCAUAAUCGAUAUUGUGAAACUUCGAUAUAGUGCGGAAACAUGGCCAAAUACGGUUUUUCAUCAAUGUUAAAGAGAAAUAAAUAUAUAAGUUAAACGGUGGUUCGAAGCAAUAUUAUGAUUGAGAUAAAAGUAUGCUAUUACUUGUUUUUAUUAACAUUUCUGGAAUCUGCAUCCCAAAUACGACCGUCUUUCCACGGUCACAACAAUGCUUUCGUCCAGGACGACAAUGAUGUUCAAUAUCUUUUGGAUAACAUACCUAUUUCAAUGCACAAGGGGUUUGCCAGUUCGGUCCAAGGGGCUGGGGAUUCCGCGUCGGACGACAAAAACAUACAAGGCGCGAUACCGUACAUCCAGUUCGAACCGAAUGUUCUCAUUUUCAAAGAGAGACAACUUGGCAUUCCGCAUCAGGAAACUGUGACGCUGUUCAAUAGAGAUGGCAAUAGAACUAUCCAUCUCUCUUCCAUCUCUGGAAGCACGCAGCAUUUUCAUUCAUCCUUCUUUCAGGAUAAAGUGAUCCCACCAUUAGGAAAUACGACAUUUAAUGUCGUGUUCCUUGGCAGAGAGGAGGGUGAGAUCGAUAGUCAUCUAUUUAUUCACACCUCGGAGGGAACGCUCAAAUACCCGGUCAAAGGUACCAGCGUCAGCAGUCCGUACAGACUGCGCCCUGUUGUCGGUGUCAAGUUACCACUGAAUGCAUCUUUCACCCCUCUUAUUUAUAUGCACAAUCCUCACUCUGAGGCAAUGCAGGUGGUAGAAGUAUACAGUAGCGGUGGUGAGUUCCAGUUGGAAUUGCCAUCGGGCGAGGCGGAGGGACCUCGCGAAUUGUGGGCGAUUCCUCCUUACCAAACCAAGCCGGUAAUAAGACUACACUUUAACGCCUAUAUGGAAAAAAAUCAUACGGCGUAUGUGAGAUUCAAAGUCAACAAUAGUGCAGAAAUAAUGGUAGUCGCAGUGGAGGUUGAAGUUGGUAGCGGAGCAGGUCUCCACUGGGGCGGAAGCUCAGCGUCUAUAAAUUUGGGAAUGGGUGGAUCGUUACACUCGCCUACUCACUAUCCGAUAGCUCUGAGAAAUUCUGCUAAGAAACCUGUCAAAGUUUUGAACAUCAUUAGUACACCCGUAUCGAAAGCUCUGAGGAUAGAUUUCGAACCGGUUGUUAUACCAGGUGACACAGACGUGCCAAUCACAAUCGGUACACUCAUUUACGAUUGGAAAGCUGGACUGGAGACUCAACACUUCAAGGGUAAAUUAAUGAUCAAAGGUAUAGGUCCUGGUGGUUCCAGUCAGAAACUGGCAAUACCCUGGUCGGCCGAAGUAUUGCAAGGCGGCCUCGAGAUUAAUUCGACAGUUGGACACUAUUGUUCACCACACUCAAACCAACCACGAAAUUUCAGCGUUGUUAACCGAUUCAAAAUACCUUUGGCUAUCACAAACGUAUCAUUUCCCAUCGCAGCAAAAUCCUUUUUCGGAAUAAGAAAUUUUCAUCCAAGAGUUUUAAAACCUGGUCAAAGGGCAAAUAUAUUCUCAUUAGUUAUGCAUCAAGAGAAAAAAAACGAGAACAUCAAGCUAGAGUCAUCGAUAUUCAUUUAUUCGAAUGUCUCGACGACCGAAGUACCUUUACUCAGUUACGAUGGUAAAUUACGGAAAAUAAUACCUGGUGAACGUGAAAGCGACAGGGGCACUAUGAACUUUGGGACAGUUGGCAGCGGCACAGAAAACGAGGCAAUAUUCGCUCUCGAAAACCAAAAUCCUGUUAACAUUGAACUCCACGGUUGGGGUGUCAAUAUGCCCGGGGCUGUACUCGAAUUGAUGGGUUGUCAAAACGGACCAACCGAAUUGUUUAAUAAGGGUUUUCGGAAUAUUACCGUUUGCAGUCACACAGGGAAUCAAAGCAUCAAGCCUGGUUAUCUAGCGAUAUUCAAAAUCAAAGUAAAAACACCGAUGGUCGAAGAGGACACGAUCGUAGGUGAUGUUUUUGUGCGUACGACUUACGAGAGAUUGACAGUACCGGUUUAUAUGAGAGUUGCUCACGGAAGAAUAUCCCUGAAAAAAUUGACUUUCACCGAUUGUUUUCCGGGAUCCAUUUGCUUGCAACAAGUUAAAAUACACUCAACCUUCGCACGCCCAAUGGAAGUUACGUGUAUCGCACCUGUUCACAAAGACAAUAGGGUCAAGUAUAUUGCUCUUGAGGAGUCUUCGUUACCAAUAAUAUCGAAGGGAGAAAAUCACAUUGGUGCAAUCCAAAUCGAUCCGUCGAUUUCUUGCAAACAACAAUGUUAUCUUGGAUUGUCAAUGAAUACAAGUGCUGGCAAUCAAUGGCUGAACACAAUGAGCUUACCGUCGCACACGCGAGAUUCAGAUUUGAACUUACUGAAUGCUCGAUACACUCGUUACUUGAAUGCGACCGGAGGGAGCAGUUCUUGGGACAAUAUAACUAUGCGUUUAGAUACUACGGAAGUUCGUGGCCACAAAUUUUUCGUUAAUAUAAAGCUAUAUUGGCCAAGCCUCAUUGUUGGCUCGAGUAGUAUGAAAAACAAGAGUCUGUUCACUUUUCCAUUGACUCAAGUUGGAAAUACUUCGUACAAAAUUAUAAAACUACAUAAUCCAAGCACGAAACCCCUGUUGGUUCAGUUGGUAAUGGAUCAAACUUAUCCUCAGGGUAUGAGACUCUAUCAUUCACUCCCCAAUAAGUUCAAGCCCAUUUGUCUUGAGUGCCCACCAACGGUCGACGGCGAAUUCAAAUUCGACGAGAACGAAGAAGACAGAGCAUCCUUUGAAAGACAGUGGGAUGUUACGACCGCUCAGGGGUCCUUGCCGUUGUACAUCAACCCUGGAGAAACGCGCAGUGUUCGUCUCUCCUAUACGCCAACUGCGGCUGCAUGGUCCUCGGGACUGCUGUUCAUAAGGAAUAACAUGACGAUACUCGAAGUUAUACGAUUGAUCAGCAGAGGUGCACACGCACAAUUCAAAUUCGGCAACCGGAAACCCGGUUCAACUACACCGCUGCUCUUCGAGCUCGCGGAGAAGCAUCUUAAAGAUUGCGAACGUGAAAGAUCGCGAAGAAAUCCUGUGCCGAAUCUCACAGUGAAACGAUCAUUUACGGCACGAAAUACGGGCGAAUUGCCGAUAGAUAUUCAUGGGUUUUACAUAAAUGGUCUUCUCUGUGAGGGAUAUGGAUUCAAAGUGCUCAACUGUGGUCCCUUCAAGUUAAGUCCAAACGCGACGAAAAAAAUCGAGAUCGCAUUUACGCCGGAUUUCACAUUAUCACGCGUAGAAAGAGAAUUGUUGAUACUUACGAGCUUGGGUGCUCAAAGUACAGACACGGAGAACAGUGUCAACGAGAACGGAAUGGUUCGUUUGUCGUUGCUAACAACCGUACCGGGACACACGCUAGAAUCUUGCGCCGCUGUUCUCAUAAGACCUACUUGGGAGCCGGCGGUACAAUUCGCAGCCAUAAGUUUACCGUGUAUUUUAUUAAUGUGUAUUCUGGCUGUUUCGUUUCUCGAAGCCGACAGAAUACUCCGCGGUGCGUUGGCAACAUUAUCGAAAACGAGUCCAGUACAGCCGCCUCUUGAUCUCCGGCAAUUGGCGCAAUCGGCUGGUAUGAUGAGAGAGAAAACGGCGAGCGAGGAAAAGCCUAAAAUUCCACGAAAAGAUGAAUCCUUGCCGGACUGGUCAUUGAUGAAUGUCAAGAGGAACAAGGAAAAAGAAGCAGGGGUGAAAAGCUUGAAAAUCCCCGAUUGGUCGUCCGAAGAGGAAAGACGGUUCAAGCUCGAUACCGAAUUUAAGGAAUUGCCAGUUUUUACGAAAAAUAAAAAUGACGAUUCUGGCUCAACGCUCGAUUGUUUAGGGACCAACGAAGUUAGUAAUACCGCUAAUAUUGCGGGGAAAAAGAAAAAUGCCAAAAGACAGAACAGCGCCUCCGAAGUUUUGACGACGGAGAGCAGCAUUUGUCUGGCUGAUAAUUCCCCUACGGAUACGAUUAUCAACGCGGAUAAAAAAACUGUUACGAAUAUUUCGUCGACAAAGUCAAGUCCAACCGCGAGUAGGAAAGGAAAAUCGAAUAACAGUGUUACCUCCCUACCGAAGGAAGAUUUCAAAUUUACUGAAAAUGAAGUUCCCGUGGAUUCUAGUUUUUCCAAUAACCCGAGAGAUUCUAAAUCGGAUACAAAAAGGAAACAAUCCAAUGGUAAUACCACGGCGCACAAUAAUCACAGCUCAUAUAAAAAAUAUGAGGCAACCACUAGUCAAAAACCUGUACAAUUUUCGGAAGAAGAAACAUCGUCUACGACGACUGAGAGCUCGGUGCAUGACGAUCCUGCGCCGUAUAAGGAUGAGGAACACACGUAUGCAAAGCCUGAAAAAGUUCAACGGAAACCAAUACCAAAGAAGAACAAACCUCAAGCAAUACCGGCAGCAGUACCUAUCGAUUACAGAGAUAAUUACGAAGGAGACUGCGACGAUGAUGAUUACGACAAAGAGAGACAGGAAAAUCCAAAUCGAUGGAAAACUAACGUCAAUAGAUCUGGCACGAAGCAUCAUCACCAUCAUCAGUCACGAAAUCCAGAAACUGCGUCGUACAAAUCGCCACGACCAAACAAGAAUCCACCUCGUAAAGAUAAAAGUUCGCAGAAACGAAGAUCGACCGAGAAAGUAAACGUUAAAUCUGUCAAUUCGAUGGGAGCCAUGGCACAGCGUGAAGACAUACGUCCCUCGCAAGUGAGAGUACCGUCCCCUGUGCCGCCGCCACCACCUUCGUGUUGGGGUGAAAAUCGAGCCCGAUUCAGCGACGUAGUUGCGCGUAAUCCUGAAAGCGUAUCCCCGGCUUUUUCAAUAUCCGGCAAAACGACGACGAAAAGCCAUGAAAUCUCCCACGAAUUAUGGACAAAUCUCAAUAGAAGAAACCUGAGUUCUGAGUGCACAGAGAGGCUGGUGGUUCAAGAAUCAUGCUCAUCACCGAUUGAGUACACUGAGCCCGUGCCUAGAACCCCCUCCCACGUGCCCGGAAUUCCAAUGGAACAAGAUAACGUCUAUGAUGCAGAUUCUCCGAUUGUAACACAAGCUCAACAACAGUCAAACAGUUAUUUCAUCAACACCUUUAGCGAACCGCCGUUCGAGCCGGAAUUGGUGCCGUAUGAUGAUCUACCGGAAACGAAUGAGCCUUUGGUUGAGCUGGAGAGUCUGGAGGAGGACACUCGAUCACAAUUGUGGGGUAACAAAAGUCCAAUUAUCGAUUUAAUUUCGGACAAUACGGCAACAUAUCGAUUGGAAACACCAAAACACGUUGACAAAUUGGCGACUUUACCCGGACCGUUGAAAGAUAAUUGGGUGACAGUUAAGACAAACUGGGAGCCUCUGUACACACGAGGAGCCGUGGGAGAGGAACGAAGCGGUGUUUGGGGUGUCAACACUGGUGGAGUGUGGGCCGCUGCUCCAUGGGGAGCACCGCCACCUCCACUUGCUUCAUCUUUACAACCUUCGACCUCUUCGCAGCACACUGAGCCAGAUUCCCAGGAUCGUUCAGGUUUCGAUCCCUUUCGAUCUCUUAGCACGAUAUGGACUCCAUCAUCGACGAACCCAUGGAAAAUGCAGCACGAAGAAUAAAGUUAUACGGAGACGACGUUUGUGAUAAAUAGCGUUUGGGAAACCAUGCGGAUUCAUUUGUUGUGAUAAUCACAAGGAUUGGCUAGUUAAACAUUAGCGACGAAAUCGGAAGCGAUAAGAUCGCAAUAAGAAAACCAUUCAAAAAUUAUAGUUUCGUCGAAUUCCUUCCCUCUUACGUAAAUACGUUAAUGACACACCGACACCUUCUAAUGAGUUGUUACACAACGACCAAAGGACAAAUUUGAGAAAAUGAUAGUACGUAAUUUUCCAUCGAUAUUACACAUUCUUUUGCGCUCCACACGUGUGAACUUUUACGAAAAUUUUCAAAAUCGAUACACCAGACAAAUGUGAUUUCUUAGAUUUCAUCGAGACCUUGAAAUAAAAAUUUUCUUUCGACUA